GAGAGAGUUCCAGCUGAGUUCAUUCUCCUUUCUUCGCUAAUAACAAGCAAAGCUUUUACUUCACGCUCUCUCUCUCUAGCUCUCUCUCUCUAGCUCUCUGUCUGAGCUAAAAACCCGAACUUCCGUCUGCCAAAAGGGAAGCAAUAAUCCUAAGCAAGGCCCAAGUCUCCAUCUCUUUCUCGCUGAAGAAAGCACAAGAGACCUUCUAAUAAUGGGCUUGCUGCUGCUGCUCAUGGAGACCCUCACUUUCUUCUUGAACCUCAUCCCCUUCUAAUCAAACUCUGUCUCACAGUCUCUCUCUCUCUUUCUAGCGCGCGCCCAACGGAUUUAAAGACCCAAUUUUGAGUAAACCCAGUUUCUCAAUUUCAACACCCAGUCACCAACCACCAUGUACUUGUCGGAAAAGCCUCGAGCAAUCGAUUUUUACAAAGAGGAAGGCAGCCGAGACAUGAUGAUUGAGGUGGUUUCCAAUGACGACCUCUCUCAAUCUCAAACUCAUCACCCCAACCAUCAACCACAGCAGCAGCAGCAGCAGCAGAUGCUUUUGGGGGACAGCAGCGGCGAGGACCAUGAAGUUAAGGCCCCGAAGAAGCGAGCCGAGACUUGGGUCCAAGACGAGACUCGGAGUUUGAUAGCUCUGCGCCGUGAAAUGGACGGUUUGUUUAACACUUCCAAGUCUAACAAGCACUUGUGGGAGCAGAUUUCGGCUAAGAUGAGAGAGAAAGGGUUCGAUCGGUCUCCUACUAUGUGCACCGACAAGUGGAGAAACUUGCUUAAAGAGUUCAAAAAGGCUAAGCACCAUGACAGGGGAAGUGGGUCAGCGAAGAUGUCAUAUUACAAGGAGAUUGAGGAGAUUUUGAAAGAGCGAAACAAGAACGCGCAGUACAAAAGUCCCACACCUCCAAAGGUUGAUUCUUUUAUGCAAUUCUCGGACAAAGGUAUUGAAGAUGCAAGCAUUUCUUUUGCACCUGUUGAAGUUCCUUGGUGUGCAGCUAGUGGGAGGCCAACGCUCAAUCUGGAACGACGUUUGGAUCAUGAUGGUCAUCCUCUUGCCAUAACUGCAGCUGAUGCAGUUACAGCGAGUGGAGUUCCACCUUGGAAUUGGAGAGAAACCCCGGGAAAUGGUGGGGAGGGUCAAUCAUGUGGUAGAGUCAUUUUAGUCACUUGGGGUGAUUAUACUAGAAGGAUUGGUAUUGAUGGAACUGCCGAUGCCAUUAAGGAGGCAAUUAAGUCUGCUUUUAGGUUGAGAACAAAACGUGCCUUCUGGUUGGAGGAUGAAGACCAGAUAGUCCGCAGUCUUGACAGGGACAUGCCUCUGGGGAAUUACACCCUUCAUCUUGAUGAAGGGGUGGCCAUCAAAGUGUGCCUCUAUGAUGAGUCAGACCAUAUACCAGUACAUACAGAGGAGAAGAUUUUCUACACUGAAGAUGAUUAUCGUGAUUUUCUGACCCGCCGGGGGUGGUCAUGUCUGAGGGAGUUUGAUGGGUACAGAAAUAUUGAAAAUAUGGAUGAUCUUCGACCUGGUGCAAUAUACCGUGGUGUGAGUUGAGGGAACCAGGUCUUUAUCAUGUUUCCUUCUUAAUGUGAGUGCGGAUGAUCCGUAUUGUUAAGUCAUGUUUAAUGCUGCACUUUAUGUUAUGGUAGAACAAGGACAAGGACAAAGCACUUAGGCACAGAUUUUAAUAUUGCACAUACUGGCCUGGACUUUGAUGUUUGUAAAUAUGUACUUUUCAAAAUAUAAAGAAGUUUCAAGCCUUCUACAACUCAUUUUUGGACAGAUUAAAAAUAUCCUUUUCUAGUAA